AUGAUGACCAAAACGGUCGAAGUUUUUUGGUGGAACUGAAAGUUUUAGAAUGAACGAAUGCGCUCCGUUGAUAGGCAAGGACGAAAACACGUUUUAAAGGAAAUUCUCAACGACAAAUAAUUGCUGCGACUUCUUUGACAUGUGUUUUAAUCAUCGGCCCUACUAGAAUUGAAUAUAAAUUUCAGCUUCCCAUCCCCCCUCCAGACCCACCCAAGCCACCCAUAGCCAAGAAACCGCCCACUCCCACAAGCAUAACGUCCGCCAAAUCCACCAAGUCGAGUCAAAGCGCCAACAAACGCACACAGAUCAUCCCCACCACCUCAAAGAGCAACUCCAUCGACCAGAAAAGAGUCGCCAGAACAACAACCCCGGCAACUAUCCCGAAACGUAAUUCCGCGGCCAUCAGAGAACGGGCAUUUGGACCGAGGGCGUCGUUGAACGGGAAGGAGCGGCAGAGAACGGCCUCGACCCCAUCGAAACCGACCGUCAAUAUGGUCUUGAAUAACAACAGCGAGAGUUACAAUGUAAGUUGCGGAUUCAAAGAACUUGGGUCAAGGAUGUGAAGCAAGGGGUUUACUGUAGAUCAAAGUUCUUUGGAGUGAGGUUAAACAUAAUUAUGGGCAAAUAUGUCCAAUGAAAGCUCACGAAUUGGAAUGACAAGUCCUUGAUAUAUUUUCCUCGUCGAUUACAGUUCUCCCUGUUACUGAAUUUGUUUCAGAUGUGGCUAGAAAGGAAGCUUGAAACAGACCGCAAGAAACGAAUGGAAGAAAGGGAGCGACAGAAGGCGGAGGAAGAGGUAAGCACUUCACAUUAUACAUGGCAACGUCGUGGACGACCCCGUUUUAAACCCCUUGCACGAAUACGUACAUCCACGGCCGGGGGCGGCGAUACGAAAAUAUUUAUUUACCCUGGAGGUGUUGUCGAUCUUUCUCCCCGUCGGAGAAGGUCAUUGGAAGGUUGGAGAUACUACUGUAUCGCUUGGAGUUUCGAAUAUCAAAGCGGUCGAUUUUACUCGGAGCAGACGGGUUUUUAAACAGUUGAAGACGUGAUCACCCCGACGAAAACUUCUUAUGUGACAUAUGGAGAUGACAGUGAACUUUAAAGGCGAUAAAAAUAGCAAAAGUUCAAUCACCGCUGAGCAGGUCCGUAGGCGGGCAAAGUUAUUUCAACCCGUUGUAUGGUCGAGAUGAACUUUGUUUAAUUCAUUCGAUAAAUAAGUUAUUAGUUGCCACAGGGCGAAACUCUGAGGCGUUCUACAAAACGAUCAGCUAAUGAAUUACUAUUUAAUGAUUAGAAUUUUGAAAGGCCAUUGUUAGAUCAUCCUAAGACUUUGUGGUUGGUAUGUUGCUUUUUUGGUAUGCAGUUUUAGUCAAAAAGUAAAGGCUGGUGUAAGAUUACAAGACUCCCUUACGAUUAUUUUUAAAAUCAAGCAUUUCUGCAGGGGAGAAAGUUCAAAUUAUCCAAAAAAUUUUAAAGUAGAUCUCUCCGGGUAACCCAUCAAUAGAUGAAAGUUUUACCUCGUGCUUUGCAAGCUCACCUUAGAUUUAUUACCCUGUGAAUUCGGAGUGUAAAGUGCCCCACGUUUCUUCAAAGUCAGCACUUUUGCACUCUGAGAACUUCCUCUUUAAAAUCUUGAAUCAUCAAGAUCAACAUAGGAGGUUAUUUGUAGUACUCGAGUGCAUACAUUAAAAGCUACAGAUCUGCAUUACAACCGUCCUUGAUGGACUUUUGAUUCAGCCCCGAGGGUCCACGCCCUUACCGACAGAAUGGAAGAGACUAGAAAGCAGAAGCUCGUGUCAUCAAGAAUCGAAAAGAAUAAGUUGUAAACAGUAAACACAAAAGUGUUAGGACUCUGGAUGUUUUUGUAGGCAAUUGUGGCUGAACUCACAUCAUCUGCGGUGUGGCAGAAGGGUGUCGCGACACUUGCGGGCAACCACUUUGCGGACACCCGACUUUUUUGAUUAGAAUUGUGAUUUCCCUCCCAUAACCUACGUAGUACGAUAGAAAUUUUACAUUGGCAACUCCCUGGCACUGAUAAGACCACAAAUCUACUAAAUUCAUCCACUACUUUCAAAGUUAUGGGAGUUUGUUUUCAAAAAAAGGAAAAAAUGCCUGGAUAAGGUUAUGAUAGCUAUUCAAGCCACGUAUACACCUGGAAACGUAAUCCGCAACAUCAAAUUGUCAAGACCAUCGUUUGAAUAUCCAGUUGUAUUUAGAAAAUUUUGGCUGAUUUCGAAACAUGCCCUCAAAAUCUCCGUGGUUUUUCAAGCUGUCCGCAAGUGUGGGCCCGCCGGCAUAAUGCGCUAAUUUUUUCACUGUAGUUAAGUUUGCGGAGCAGGUUGCUUAACAAGAGUUAUUUGGCAAAAUCCGCAAAAAACCCAAAAGAGUAUGGCCUACAUGGGAUUUUCUCUGACUGACCCUCCUGAAUUCCCAUUGUCUCUCGUCUUCCAAGAUUAAAAAGGCUGCAUUUGCAAGACACGAGCUAAAACUUUUAGGGAUUGGUGAGUUUCCUGGGUAGAUAGUCUUUGCAAAAUUUUAGAAAGAUCCGAACGUCCCAGUUUGAGAAAUUCUUGAUUUAAAGACUGAUCUUUUGGUCGAAAAAACCUCGUGUUAUUUUAAGGCGACCCUUCAAAUUUUUGAUUUAAAAUAACAACUAAAGCAAGUCCAAAACAACGUACCAACUACUCUAUCUGCUAUGACAUGAUGUCCUUUCAAAAUUCGAAGUAUUGAGUAUAAUAUAAAUUCAUUGCCGAUCUCUGGUCGAAGCCGCGCAUUUCCCAUCCCCAAAACACAUGUUUUUGAUAACUUGAACCCGUCGAAAACAAGUCGUUGACCAAUUUUAGUAAGUCACUCGCCAAUCAUCGCAAUUUAUAACCGUCGCAACGCGCGCUGUAAUCCGACCCUAAGGCGCUGAUGGAGAGGUUUUCGCAAUUUUUUACGGCCUCGCCCCGCCGUUGAUGUACGUAUCUGCAUGGAGUAUGUGUUUUUCCAGCGGAAGAAAGAGCAACAGGACAAUGCGGAAAGGGCGUUCCGUCGAUGGCAGGAGGAGAAUCAGCGACGUCUCCACGAAGAGAGACAGCGGAAAGAGCGCGAGAAACGAGAGGCGGAAGAGAAACGGGAGGCCGAGCAAAAGGAACGCCGCCGGAACGCCGAAAAGGUUGGGCUUUCGAAACAUACGGUAGACGAAUUCAAAGUUGCAAUAACGCGAAAUGACAAGUCACAUGUGAUUUGUUGUCGGGCGCCCAGAAAAGGCGCAGGAAAUCGGGUUAAAGCCCCCGAAAAUACGUACAGAGUGCUCGGCGAAAUGAAGGGCUCCGCUUGUCAUCGUCAACAAGCGGAUCCAAAAACACAAGACACGAGUGUAGGGAGAAGAGUUGAUAAGUGGGUUACUGUAAUUCGAAGAAGAUUAGGGGGUUUAACAGAUAGCUUUUAUCGUGUUGUCGCUUCGCUGAUAAUUCAGGUAGACAAAGGCUGAAAACUAUUUUUAUUUUAAAAUUUUUUAAAGAAAUUGUAUAUUUUUCAUCUCUGCGGGAGCUUAUAAUUGACUGGAAUGACGCUUUUUACAGACCGAAUAUAGAUUGGCCCGUGAGGAGACUUGUUUUCCAUCUUGUACUGGGUAAAUAGGACUUUGAUGACUAUUUUUUUUGAUUGUUGAAUCCCGGCAUCCCCUUAGCCUCGCAAAACUAUAGUUUACUCUUUGAUUUCCCUCUUUUAUAUACGUAUCACCACUUAGAAAUCUAAGCCUACAGAUUUGCAAAUCCUCAUAGAUGAGUAUCUUUGCUCAAUUUUUCUCGGGAUUUCCAAGUUUACCGAGUUUUUUUUUUCAUGAUCUUAUCGAAACACAUGAUCCUUUGAAUGUCUUUUCAUGAAACUUUCGAAUCAGAAUCAGCGAAACUUUUGCGUUUUUCAACGGCCAAAAUGUGUUAAAAAUGCGAGAGGUUGCGUUUCCAACACAGAAUCGAAACUACAGGACAAACGUUUCGAUUGGAGUCUGAUAAGACGAUAAACACGAGGCGUUUACAGGGCAAAUGAUCAGCAGGGACGAUCAAAGUCCAAGGAAAUUUUUUAAAAUAUAGGAGCAAAUUCGGAAGAAACCUUCCGUAAAAGUCGCAAAGAAUUGUUUUUGGGACAGUCUUUGAAGUCAAUUAUAGCUGUCAAAUUUAUAGCCAAAGAGUUGAACUGGCUUCUAAAUAUAUUGGGUGACUAGCCAAAUGAUUAUAACAGUAGUCCAGCGGCUCAGAUCGUUAGCCAUAGACUUGGAAUGCUAGCCAAAGGCGGGACGAGGCCUCGUGGUUGUUUAGCUGACAUUCCAACCACUCUAACUGGUCUUUUAAGCAGGUUGGACACUGUUAUAAGUGUUUGGUCGACGCCAUAUGGUUGAUGCUGCAACCAUUUGGACAGUUAUUCUAUAUACAGUGCGCGACAAAAUUAUAACCGCACUUUAGAAAUUGCUGUAACUUUUUUGGUUGUCAAUAGAAAUGUGUCAUAUUUUGCUCCAAUAUGCACUAGUGUCUCACGAUUCAUGUGCCAAAAAAUUAUUCCGGGAAAUUUCCCCAAUUUGGAAAAAAAAUUGAAAAAACCAAAAUUUUGAUGAUUUUCUAUGCGACAAAAUUAUAACCGCACUUACGAAUUUGGUGAAUUAGCCUAAUUAAAUCAACGAAUAACAAUAACUAAUGUUUGGUUACGUUGCCUGAGGCUUCAAUAACGUCGAUUGAAUAGCCGGGAAUAUUCUGGGCAAAGUUUUUUUAGCCUCUUCUGGCCAAUAUUGUGCCAGAAUCGGAAAAGUGCCUAUUUUAGCUCAGGUAGGCCAUUCGGACAGAGUUUGCCAGCAACUAACUGAGUAACCCAGAAUCCUAUAACACAUCUAAACGUUCUGGGAAAAAGGUGCGCCACUGCAGCAGAGCAAGGGCUGAUAUAUCCGCCGAGUUUCCAACUCCAAUAUCCCUUGUUCUCAUAUAAGCUAAGAAAUAGGCCUCAGGCGGGAACAGCAGUAAAGCUAUGCUGGAGGUUGUAAGACACAGCUACGUCAUCACUGGGCGCCGUAUGAAGUUGUGGCCUCAGCUGGCCGGGUCCACGGCAGAGCGCGGCCGAGAUUUGCCAAGGUGACAUUGGAAAAAUAGGUUGAAUAGUUAAAGGUUAGUUUAACAUCAUUACAGUGCCGAAAUCCUUGAAGAUUUUAUGGCCAAAUGAUGUACCUGACCGCUUCACACAUGACCCACAUUACAGACGUGAAAUCAGAAGAGAAACGCAUUAUUUCCCGCGCCGUAACGUUUUAGGUGGCUUGCUGAUAAUCUUUCGGCGCAUUCGAAGAACCGAAGUGCUUCCGUUGGAGGCCAUAUCAACUCAAAUAAGUAUCCUUGAGUAAUAGGGAGUCUUAGGCAAGCAUCGGGUAACGUAUUGGCAACCAGACUACACGUAAAUGCAGGGCAGGGCUCGCGUAUACCUUAGCUGGUCGACAAAGCUGUUUCUUAAACGACAAGGAAUUGCUAUCCCGGACGAGCCCAUGCGUUCCUUGGAUUCAAAUCCGACAGAGAACAUGUGGGGCUUCCUGGUUUGUUAACUACACCACGAUAACAAGCAUUAUGCUACAGUAACUGAGCUAAAAUAGGCACUUUUCCGAUUCUGGCACAAUAUUGGCCAGAAGAGGCUAAAAAACUUUGCCCAGAAUAUUCCCGGCUAUUCAAUCGACGUUAUUGAAGCCUCAGGCAACGUAACUAAACAUUAGUUAUUGUUAUUCAUUGAUUUAAUUAGGCUAAUUCACCAAAUUCGUAAGUGCGGUUAUAAUUUUGUCGCAUAGAAAAUCAUCAAAAUUUUGGUUUUUUCAAUUUUUUUCCAAAUUGGGGAAAUUUCCCGAAAUAAUUUUUUGGCACAUGAUUCGUGAGACACUAGUGCAUAUUGGAGCCAAAUAUGGCACAUUUCUAUUGACAACCAAAAAAGUUACAGCAAUUCCUAAAGUGCGGUUAUAAUUUUGUCGCGCACUGUAUUUAGGGGCUAGUGCAAGCUUUUGAAAUUUUGAGGAGCGCAACAAUUGAUGGCUGCUAUUGCAACCUGCUACAUAAAUUUUUGGCGGUCUUGCAGCCUUUGGCUAGUAUUUUUGUUGCUAACAUCAAUUCCAAACUCUAAGCCAAGCAAAUAACCUAUUUGUGUAUAAUGACUUUUCAAAUUUGCCUAUUAUCCGCAAAAAUUCUAGCAUUUUUAUAUUACAGUAUCCAUAGCUCUUUAAAAAUCUAACACUGAUAUCUUCAGACUUUCGAGACCUGGAAGAAACGUCAGGAAGAGAAACUUCGCGAAGAGAGGAUUCGAAAACGUGAGGAGCAACGACAACGUGCUCAAAGUGCACAAGAAGAGAAGCGCCGACAACGUUCCGAGAAUCAGAAGGUAUAUCAAAAAUGGGUUGAACAGUCGUUGCAACGACAGCGUGAGAUCAAACAGAUGAAUCUGGAGAAGGAACUGGCCCUGAGGAAGCAAGAGGAGGAGGAAAGGGCCUUCAAAGAGGCCCUUUCCAACGAGGCCUAUCAACUUUGGCUCGAGAUGAAGGUACGGAAUGAAUUUUGAUGAAGAAAAAAGGUUCUGCAAACGGCGCAGGGCCCCCUUAAAAUACGAAAAAUUACUGUCAUGCACUGUGCUUUGACCAGUAAUCUGAAUGUUUACGGGGAGCUGGGAAUGCGGUUAUCCCGCGAGCACAAAAGGACAUUACUUUAGACAGUUGAGAUACGUUUCGUUUGAAAUUGUUUUGUCGAGUGAUUGCAUUACGGUCACGAACAUCUGAUCACAUUAGCUGAAUCGGCGUUGAUGAUUGAAUAACGUGGUGAUUUGGGGAAGCGAUUUUUUCAUGACUAUAGUAAUUGAAGAGUUUAAAAGUCAUGGCCUACAAAAUUGUGAUUUAGAUUACAACUUUUGCGAAAAAAAUCGUAAAUGUGGUAAUUGCUUUGGCAUUGCAUUAACAAGUGGUGUCAUACAAAAAUUUAGAGGAUUUUGGGAUACUGUAACAUUCAUUUUGUAUGAUUUUUUAACCAAAAUUUUCCGAAAAAUUGCAAAAAAUACCUUAUUUUAUAGCUGAAAAAACAACGAAAAGUACCUUUUUUAGGUCAAAAAUUCUAUAAAAUACCUUCAAACGCUAAGAAAAUUGUCGUAGCACCCUCUCGAAGCUAUGUAUUAACAUUUUCAGAAAAAAGAAAAAACCUUUUCCCAGUCCUUGGCCUACAAAAUCCUCGAUUUUGACAACGAGGCCAAGAAGAGAUGGCCAACACCGUGGAUUCCGACUGGAAAUACAGUACCCCGAAGGUUUGUUGGGACCGGAAAUCGUCGACGAACCAUUGAGAAGCCCCUAAAUAUCGUUCAACAACGCGCCAAAUCCGUUUAUUAA